AAUGAGAGAGAGAAACGCAGCGCUGUGAUCUUUGACAAUGGGUCUGGGUUAUUCAAAGCAGGUAUUGCAGGUGACAGCAGCCCGAGGUCUGUUUUUACAGCCAUCGUUGGUCACCCAAAAGUCCAAGCCAUGAUGCUGGGAGCUGGACAGAAGGAGUGUUACAUCGGAGAGGAAGCUCAGUCCAAAAGAGGGGUCCUCUCUUUGAAUUACCCGGUUGACCAUGGCAUAGUUACAUGCUGGGAGGAUAUGGAAAGGCUCUGGAGACACGUCUACGAUCACGAGCUGAGAGUCAAAGCCAGUGAAAGGCCAGUGCUGCUGACUGAACCCCCCCUGAACCCUCUGAAGAACCGGGAGAAGAUGACAGAGGUCAUGUUUGAAGGCUUCAUGGUGCCAGCCAUGUACAUCGCGGUCCAGGCAACUCUGGCCCUCUACGCGUCCGCCCGCAUCACCGGUAUCGUCGUGGACAGCGGGGACGGUGUCACCCACGCCGUCCCCGUGUACGAAGGAUUCUGCAUACCCCACGCUGUCUCCAGGCUGGACGUCGCUGGCCGGAAUAUCACCGAGUAUUUUAUGAAGCUUCUUUUGGAGAGCGGGCACAGUUUUGUCAGCACAGCUGAAAGGGAAAUUGUGCGAGAUAUUAAAGAGAAGUUGUGCUACGUAGCUUUAGACCCCGUCCAAGAAAUGAAAAAGAAGCCAGAAGAUAUGAGGGGAUACAAACUGCCUGAUAACAGUAUCAUCCAUGUAGGCAACCAGCUCUUUCGUGCACCAGAGACCCUUUUUGUGCCUGCAAACGUUGGAGUUGAAGCUCCCGGUGUGCACCAAAUGAUCUUCAACAGCAUCAUGAAGUGCGAGAUCGACGUGCGCAGGAAUCUUUACGGCAACGUCCUGCUCUCGGGUGGGUCCACGCUCUGCCCUGGCCUGGAGGAGCGGAUCCUGAAGGAGAUGAAGCUGCAGGCGCCCUCUGGCAUGUUCGUGAGGAUCGUCGCACCCCCCGAGAGGAAAUAUUGCGUGUGGAUCGGGGCCUCCGUCCUCACCUCCCUGACGUCUUUCAAACAAAUGUGGGUCACCAGGAGCGAUUACAACGAGUUUGGGGCAGCUGUCAUUCACCAGAAAUAA